CAGCAACAUGUCGGCGAAGCGCUCCGCCAAGAGGACCCCCCCCUCUGAACCGGCUGUGCCCGACAGCAAGAAGGUUAAAGUCUCGCACCCGUCACACCGGGCGGAGCCCGGCCUGGUGCUGACCCUGGGCCAGGGGGACGUGGGGCAGCUGGGCCUGGGCGAAGACGUGAUGGAGCGGAAGAAGCCGGCCCUGGUGGCACUGCCGGAGAGGAUCGUGCAGGCGGAAGCCGGGGGGAUGCACACCGUGUGCCUGGGCGAGAGCGGCACCAUCUACUCGUUUGGCUGCAACGACGAGGGCGCGCUGGGCCGGGACACGACGGCGGAGGGCUCCGAGACCACCCCCGGGAAGGUGGAGCUGCCGGCCAGGGCGGUGCAGGUGUCGGCGGGGGACAGCCACACGGCAGCGCUGACCGAGGAUGGCCGGGUCUUCCUCUGGGGGUCCUUCCGGGACAACAAUGGGGUGAUCGGGCUGCUGGAGCCCAUGAAAAGGAGCGCCGUCCCCGUGCAGGUGCAGCUGGACGCACCCGUCAUCAAAGUGGCUUCGGGCAACGACCACCUGGUGAUGCUGACGGCCGACGGGGAGCUGUAUACCUCCGGCUGCGGGGAGCAGGGCCAGCUGGGCAGGGUGCCCGAGCUGUUUGCCAACCGCGGGGGCAGGAAAGGACUGGGUCGCCUGCUGGUCCCCCAGUGCGUCGUGCUGAAGGCCAAGGGCAGCCGGGGCUCCGUGCGCUUCCAGGACGUGUUCUGCGGCGCCUACUUCACCUUCGCCGUCAGCCGUGAGGGCCACGUGUACGGCUUCGGCCUCUCCAACUACCACCAGCUGGGGACCGAGGGCACCGAGCCCUGCUUCGCGCCACAGAACCUGACCUCGUUCAAGAACUCGACCAAGUCCUGGGUGGGCUUCUCAGGGGGACAGCACCACACCAUCUGCCUGGACUCGGAGGGGACGGCCCACAGCCUGGGCCGGGCGGAGUACGGCCGUCUGGGGUUGGGGGCGGGGGCGGAGGAGAAGAGCGUCCCCACGCCCAUCCCCACGCUGCCCGCCGUCUCGUCUGUCGCCUGUGGAGCAUCUGUGGGCUAUGCUGUGGCUAAGGACGGUAGAGUCUUCGCCUGGGGCAUGGGCACCAACUUCCAGCUGGGUACUGGAGAAGAGGAUGAUGCUUGGAGCCCCGUGGAGAUGGCGGGCAAGCAGCUGGAGAACCGCCUGGUCCUCUCGGUAUCCAGUGGGGGCCAGCACACCGUCCUCCUGGUCAAAGACAGGGGCCAGAGCUGAUGGAGCCGGCCCUACCCGCCCCGGGCCGGGGCGCCUGCCUGGCCCGGUGGCCGGUAGCUCAGACUGGUCUGCAAAACACGGGUCCCCCUCACCCCUCGCCCUGUGAGCGAAUGGAGUCCAGCCCCCUUACCCCAACCUCCUCCGGAGGCUCCCGUGGAUCUUGGACAGUCGGUCCUGGGGCCCGGUUGGUGCCUUGCAAAGAAGCGAAAUGUUUCCGCCUGCACCGUCCCCUUCUCCCCGUGUUUUAAUGUUCAGUCUGGAGCGCCCAGAGCUCCCCCCCGCCGCCCGCCCACGCCGUCGUUUAAAACCCACCCAUGCUCAUCCCUGCGCAGCUGCAUCCGGGCAGACCCCCACGGUGCCAGACAAACCGUGAGGUGGGAGGGGGGGCCCCUUCCGCCCUCCAUGCCCGAACGGCCCACAGCACUUCGAACCAGCUGGCCGGACCUGGCGGACCCCUCUCCCGCAGAUGCCCCCGCGGGGCAGCGGGCCAGCCCGCCUUUCCUCGCCUCCAGAGCCGAGAGCAGGAACUGGGGGAACUUUUAUAAACUAAUUUAUAGUGGGGUUGGGGUGGGCGUGGUAUGGUCAAUAGGCUUGGAAAAGAGUUCUGAUUUUUGCAGAGUGUUGAAAAUAUUUUGCCGGGG